AUGUACACUUUGCCGACAGGCGUAGCUUCUACUACUACCGAAAUACUAACAACAACAACAAUAACAACAACAAUAACAACAACAACAACAACGACAACGACAACGACAACGACAACAACAACAACAACAACAAUAACAACAACAACAACUGCAGUCUGUCUUUUGUCUUCAAACUCGACAUGGAAUCAAACUGGUGUAACUGUAGCUGGCAAUUCAGGUGUCAAUGGCUCUAGUUUUUCUCUAUUAUAUAGUCCAGUUGGAUUACAUCUUGACACGUUAAACAAUAUAAUGUAUAUUGCUGACCAAAAUAAUUAUCGUGUCCUAAAAUGGCCCGUAGGUAGCUCAGCAGGUACAAUUUUCGCUGGUAAUGGUAUAAUGCCACAGUCAUGUGGUAGCGUUAAUCAGUUUCUAAGUGUUGCUGGUGUAGCAAUGGAUAAUUCUGGUAACGUUUAUGUAUCGGAUAAUGGAUGCGCAUCAGUAUUCCAAUUUCCUCCAAAUUCAGAUUCAACUACAAAUGGUACCAUCGCACUAAUCGACGUUAGUUAUCCGGAGCUGAUUUUUCUCGAUCCAUUGACAAAUGUUUUAUAUGUAGCCGUGUCUGGUGACACACGAGUAUUAAAACAGGCAGUCAAUAAUGACACUAGUGUAAUUGUAGCAGGAGGCUCACAGGGCACUGCUCUAAAUAAACUUGAUUCGCCGAACGGUGCCUAUUAUGAUUCUGUAACUGGCAAGUUGUAUGUUGCUGAUACAGGCAAUCAUCGUAUACUUCGAUUUCCUCCAGGAUCAGCACGAGAUACCUUCGGAGUAGUUGUAGCUGGCAAUGGUAUUGCUGGUAACGGAGCAAAUCAAUUACAUAGCCCAUCGGAUGUUAUUGUGGAUCAGAAUGGUACUUUAUAUAUAGCUGAUGGAUUUAAUAAUCGAAUUCAGCGAUGGCUACCAAAUGCUACAAGUGGGGAUACAAUUCUUGGUUCCGCAACUGGUGCAUCUGGUACAGCAGCAA